GAAGGAAUUAAAAAAGAAAUUCGGACGGUUUCUACGAAAGUAUCAUGCUUCCAAGAAAGGGCUUCAUGGGAGGCAGAUGCGUGAGUCGGCCUCAAGAACGUUACAACUCAAGUUUAGUAAUGACAUCUCUCUUCCAAUCUUCACUUUGACAGAAAUUGUAGGAAAGGACCCUUCUGCCUUAACUAUAGCUUUAGUUGAUGCUAUGACUGGGCAAGUUGUUAGCUCAGGUCCCGAAUCCUCGAUGAAGGUGGAAAUAGUAAUUCUUGAAGGAAAUUUUAAAGGCGAUGAAGACAACAACUGGACAUUUGAGCAUUUUAGAGAUAAUAUUGUAAGAGAAGGAAAAGACAAUCAGACACUUCUUACUGGGGAUGUGUUUCUGACUCUGAAUGAGGGAAUUGGUGUAGCAAGCAAGCUGAAAAUUACAGAUAAUUCAAGCAGGACAAAGAAACGUAAAUUCAGGUUAGCUGCAAGAGUUCCAGAUGGUUAUUUUAAUGAAAUGAGAGUGAAAGAAGCAAUCACUGAACCUUUCGCAGUCAAGGAGCGUCGUGGAAAAUCAUACAUGAAGAAGCAUCCCCCGUCAUUGGAUGAUAAAGUAUGGCGCUUGGAGAAAAUUGGUAAAGAGCUUAACAAUCGUCUAAAGAGUGAGAAAGUCUAUACUGUAAAGGACUUUCUGAUAAUGCUACAUACAGAUACUCCAAGGUUUCAAAAAGUCUUACGCCUUGGAAUGAAUGACAAGAGGUGGGAAGUUAUAAAGAACCAUGCAGAAGAAUGUAAUCCUGGUAGCGAAAUGUGUGUCUACUACUCCAAGGAUGAACCGGGAAAGGGAGUUGUCUUCAACAUUGUGGGAACAGUGAUAGGGUUCCUCCUAAAAGGGCAACUCAUUCCCAUCAACGAAUUUUCAGAAAUCCAAGAGUCACAGCAUUUCUCCGUCGAUCAAGGAAAAGAAGAGAACAAGAAGCAGCAAGAGGAGAACCUCGUCACCUUCAAGUACUCAAUGAUCAUGAGGACUCAGAGGUGGGCCAAUACGGGCAACUGGCCAAAUAGAAUACCAUAA